AUGGAUAGCCACGGAGGCCCUCAGUUCUCAGCAUCUGGUGACUCAUUUGGUUACAUGGGGUCCAAUCCCGAAGGGUACAUCUCUUACCCGGGUUCAUAUGACAUGAUCAAUAGUGGAUCACCGGCAUUCAACCCCCUUAGUCUGUCGAACAACAUGCCAAGCUAUCCAAUGACUCGAGUUGCGUCUCCUCGCGAAUUUGCUACUACCCAAACGGUAUCUCCACCACUUACCGGCUCCAGCUCUGACGUAGCCGGAGAGAACCUCGCGAAUGUGACUGGAUACACCGCAUAUGGGUCAAUGAGGCGAGCAACCCGCCAGUCUACUAGCGACUCGAACACAUCCUCCAAUUCUACGCAUUCCCGUAAUGGAACAAGCUUAGUUCAACGACAUGGCAUGCGCUAUCCCCCGGGUCCGGCUGCAUCCACUGUUAUGGCAGCUGGUGGAAGGCAUCGUCGACGCAACUCUCGUGCCGAUGAAGACGACGAUGAGGACGACUUUGAGAGCGACGGGGAUGCUUUCCGCGGCGCACCCCAAGAGGUGGUUGUCCAACGUCGCCGAGAAGAAAUUCGCAAACAACGGAUCGAGUCUGAACAGCGUCGCCGGGAUGAACUCCGGGACGGAUACAGGCGAUUGAAGGAUGUGUUGCCAGUCUCCAAUCAAAAGUCGAGCAAAGUCUCUUUACUGGAUAGGGCAACGAGCCAUAUCAAGUACCUUGAAAUGAUGCAGCAUCAGUUGCAAACAAAUUUGACUCAAUCCGACCUCGAAGUAGCCAGGUUGAGGCAAGUUAACGAGGCCCUGAUGCUAAGCGCGGCUGAGCGUCGCUCUGGCACGCAACAAUCCGCCCCAGCUCAGCCCGUCCCUCCUCCUUCGCACAAUGGAUCCCCUAAAACCGAGCCUACCCCUGCCCCUGCGUUUAAUUAA